GCCCGCCGAGGCGGCAGAGCAGAGCCACCAGAGCAGGGCUGCACACCACACGGCGCCCACCUGUGCUCGCCAGGAUGCCCAACGCCGCCGUGCAGUCUGCUUGCUUCCUGAGCCUGCUGGCCUUCACCUCUGCCUGCUACUUCCAGAACUGCCCGAGAGGCGGCAAGAGGACCACCCCUGACAUGGAGCUGAGACAGUGUCUCCCCUGCGGCCCGGGCGGCAAAGGGCGCUGCUUCGGGCCCAGCAUCUGCUGCGCGGACGAGCUGGGCUGCUUCGUGGGCACCGCCGAGGCGCUGCGCUGCCAGGAGGAGAACUACCUGCCCUCGCCCUGCCAGUCGGGCCAGAAGCCGUGCGGGAGCGGCGGCCGCUGUGCCGCCUCGGGCGUCUGCUGCAGCGACGAGAGCUGCGGGACCGAGCCCGAGUGCCGCGACGGUUCUCCCCGCCUCGCCCGCGCUCGGGAGCCGAGCAACGCCACGCAGCUGGACGGGCCCGCGCGGGCGCUGCUGCUGCGCCUGGUGCAGCUGGCGGGGACGCGGGAGGCCGCGGAGUCUACCAAACCCCGGGUCUACUGAGCCGUCGCCCCCAUCCCUCGCCCCCCCAGCAUGGAAAAUAAACUUUUAAAAA